CUUCCAACGUUCAUUUUGGCCUUUCAGUAGUCACUUAUAAACCCAACAAACGUUAGAAUGGUCAUAUAUUGUACUUACGGGUUGCUGUUUGCAUACUUUUUAUUGCCUGGAAUCUUACUUGGGGAUUUAGCUUUCCGAUGUCCGAGUUGUACUGCGGAGCAACUAGCUUCAUGUCCCGAAGUCACAGCUGCAUGCACAGAGAUAGUGAGGGAGCCGGGCUGUGGCUGCUGUCCAGUGUGUGCCAAGCUGGAGGGGGACCUCUGCGGGGUCUAUACCACAAGAUGCUCCACUGGGCUGAGGUGCUAUCCCAGCGCAGACUCUGAAACACCUUUGGAACACCUCAUUGACGGUUUAGGACAAUGUGGACGAAAAGUAGACAUGGAUGAAACAAGUCUGUACCACCAGGCUAAAAAUGAGGUACAUGGGACAGAGAAUCCACUCGCCAAAAGACCUUCCCUAGACCCUUGGAUUUGGCUGGAGUCGGCCAGGAAACAACACCUGAAUGAGCUCAAAACCAGGAUGAAGAUCAAUCAACUAGAAUACGCCCAAACCCUGAAAGAACUAAAGAGCGUUUGUGAGCAGGAGCUGGAACAAGUCUUAGAGGAGAUCUCCAAAAUGACCUCUGAGGAUAACAGAGGCCCGCUGGAGAACCUGUACGGGCUCAAGUUUCCAAACUGUGACAGACAGGGACUGUACAACCUCAAACAGUGCAACAUGUCCAACCACGGCCAGCGGGGCGAGUGCUGGUGUGUUGACCCCUACACCGGGGUCCAGAUCCCAGCAACGCCUCGAGUCAGAGGGGAUCCCAACUGCUACCAGUUUCAGGAGGACCCCACCGAGGCAGAUUCAUAGAAGUGUUUGUGUUUUCUUUAAAAUAAAAAAUCUUUGAGGAUUUUUCCAUGAA